AUGUCUCUCAAUAUCUACAUCGAAGACCCGCGCCAAUAUUACGCGGAAAACGACAUCAUCAGGGGGCGAAUAAUUUUUGACUGCCCUCGAGAUUUCCAACAGUUCAAAGAUGUCAGACUAACCUUCUCGGGUUGCUCGAAAGCCAAGAUUCAGAAAGUGAAGGGCCCGGCCGGACCGACAGGCAGCUACCAGAGCAAGUGCAUCUUAUUCAAAAGGGAGAGAAUCCUCGUUCCUGCAGAAGAAUGCAAAAUACCGCCCACAACUUAUGAAUGGCCAUUUGAGUUCCACUUCCCUCCUCAUGUGGAAUCGCCAAAUGCCUGGCCGGAGGCAGAGUCAUUCCGUGUCGACGAGAACCAACCACUACCCCCAUCAUUCAAUACAGAGUGCCACAAUUCAUUGCGAAGGGUAUCCGCAAGCGUCGAGUACCGGCUGAAAGUUCAGAUCUUCAAGCUCACAAAGGGCCUGUUCGAGAGAAAGUCGCCGAUAUUUGAGAAGGUGGUGCAUCUUCCAUUCGUUCCGAUGGCGGCACGAGCACGCACACGUGCUAUCGAACUAGAGAAGAAGCAGAAGAUCGACCGAACAUUCACCGUACGCAGCCUAUCAUUGUUGCCAGGAAAUACCGAUCGCUCCCUGAGCGUGCAGGAGAGAUUCAAGGCGUGGCUUUCUCCCGGACAAUUGCCUUACUUUUCCUUUGGCGUUGAGUUCCGGUAUCCAUUGUACCUUGUUGGGGGCAUGCCGAUCCCACUGUUACUGGGUGUCAAGCCAUUAAUAGACAACUCUAAUGCCCCUCAAGUCCCAGAGAUUAUCUUACAAACGGCCUCCAUCACACUCAUCGGCAGGACGGCCGCUCGUGCAUCUCCGUUGCUGAUGGGAUCUAUGUUGGGCGAGGUGGAUGAAGAGACUAUGCUACUUUCAAAAACAUCGUUGCGGAUGGCUGUUUCUGGUCAGAUGGACCUUUCUGAGCGGUUCGGCCAGAUAUCAUUGCCUACUACUGAUGUCACUUUUAACACUUUUAAUCUGAGUCGUUCAUACCGGCUGAGGAUCUCGCUGGUGUUCGAAUGCGCAGGGAAGUUGUUCAAAUUCGAUGCUACAGAUCUGGAAGUAGGGGUACUCUCGAACGCUGGAAUGACGGUAAAGAAGGAUGGUUUACCUAGGGGCUCAGCAGAUGAGGGCUCCAGUCAUUCUCGAAGAUAUGUGGUCUACAGUUCAGACGAACAGCCGCCGCCGUAUUUGCCUUCAUCAGGUGUCUCUGAGUGGAGCUCGGAAGGAAAGUCCAGUGUCUAG